GACAAACCGUUAAACUCUACAAACAAAGAUGGCAGAAGAAGCUCCAGCAGUGGCACCGGCGAAACCCGCGGCGAAAGCCCCGAAAAAGAAGGCUGCUCCCCGGCCAAAGAAGGACGGACCGAGCCUCCCGACCCUGAUCAUCGCUGCUGUGGCGGAGUCCAAGGAGAAGAAAGGACUCUCAGUGGCCGCGGUGAAGAAGGCUUUGGCGGCUAAAGGCGUCGAUGUGGCGAAGUCCAACAAACGGAUCAACACCGCCGUCACUAAGCUGGUGGUUAAAGGCACUCUGACCCAGACUAAAGGUACAGGGGCGUCCGGUUCCUUCAAGCUCGCCAAGGAGGCAAAACCAGCCAAACCGGUCAAGAAGGUGGUGAAGAAGAAAGCCGCGGUGAAAGCCAAGAAGCCCGCAGCAGCUGCUAAGAAGCCCGCCGCAGCCAAGAAGAAGAAGCCGGCAGCAAAGAAACCAGUAGCGGCUAAGAAAUCACCUAAGAAGGCUCCGGCUAAGAAAGCUGCUGCUGCCAAGAAAGUGGUGAAAAAGACUCCCAAGAAAACCCCAGUGAAGAAGGUGAAGGCUGUGAAGAAGACCCCCGUGAAGAAAGCUCCGGCAAAGAAAGCAGCAGCAGCCAAGAAGGCAAAGAAGUAAAACAGCUGAGAUUCAUUCAGCACCCAAAAGGCUCUUUUAAGAGCCCCCCACAUUUACUAAAGUGCAUCUCCUGCUC